AGGCGAGACAGUUUCUAAAUUAACUUUAAAUCAAAAGAUAUAUUUGAGGGUACUGAUUGCUAAAGGCGAUAUAGAGUUAUUACAUUCAGAAUUUGCAUACAAAGCAAUUCCAGUAAAAAUAAUCAAAGAUCGCAGUAAGUGUCUAAGAACUAAUAAGUGCAUAUUGGAUACUUAUCUUUUGCGUAACCUUUCUGAGGAAGCUGUCGAAAUUCCACUUGUUAUGGAAUACAAUCAGCCGGAAAAUGCAAUUAGUAAAGUCAAGUAUUUGUCUUGUGAUAAUGAUAAUAGCAUUGCGAAAAUACUUCUUUCAAGAGCAAUAACCACAAAACCUAAACAUCAUAAGAUUAGCUAUAUUAAGAAGACAUAUUUUAUGCCAAAAGAAUCUAUAUUCAGUGAAAUCAAGGCUCUAUAUUCACGAGAAUAA